AUGGUUGUGUUGAGGAUAAGAAAUGUGCACAAAAGGAAAUGUGCCCUUCUCUGUCUGUGCAUUGUUGGCUUCAUCAUGUACAGAUAUCUCAGCGUGCCAGCAGGAGGACGGAGAAUGAGCAGGAAGGUGGGUCUGUGUGCAAACUCAUCCCAGUUCACCCUGGAGAGAGAACGCUUCCACAUACUGGGGGGAACCAUCCAUUAUUUCCGGGUGCCCAGGGCCUACUGGAGGGACCGGCUAAUAAAAAUGAAGGCCUGUGGCAUCAACACACUCACAACGUCUGUGCCAUGGAGUCUGCACCAGCCAGAGAGAGAGGUGUUCAACUUCCACACUCAGCUGGAUUUAGAAGCCUUUAUUAAUCUUGCUGCUGAACUGGGAUUGUGGGUGAUUUUAUGUCCAGGGCCCUAUAUUUCUUCUGAGCUGGAUCUCGGAGGACUGCCAAGUUGGCUUCUCCGCGAUGACAGCAUGAAGCUGAGGACAACUUACCCAGGCUUUACUCAGGCUGUCAAUACUUUCUUUGACAAACUUAUACCGAAGGUGGUUCCACUGCAGUUCAAGAAAGGAGGUCCUAUUAUUGCAGUGCAAGUGGAAAACGAGUAUGGAUCCUUUGCAAAGGAUGACAGUUACAUGCUCUUCAUUAAAGAGGCUUUACAGGACAGAGGGAUCAGCGAGCUCUUGCUCACAUCAGACAACCUCAAUACAAUUAAGUCGGGGAGUGUCGAUGGAGCCAUCAGAUCAGUUAAGUUGCAGAAGCUGAAUAUGAAAGACAUCCAGGAUCUGAACGCUAUGCAGCCCAACAGCCCCACCAUGGUGAUGGACUACUGGACGGGCUGGUAUGAUGUGUGGGGUGACCUCCACCACGUGCUGCCCCCAGAGGAUAUGGUGUCCACUGUGAGAGAAAUGCUGAGGCGAGGCAUGUCUGUGAAUCUCUACAUGUUCCACGGAGGUUCCAGUUUUGGCUUCAUGAGCGGAGCGCUUGCUGAUCCUUUCUACAAUGCGCUGGUCCCCAGCUAUGAUUAUAAUGCUCCGCUGUCUGAAGCUGGGGAGUACACUCCAAAGUACCAUCUCCUUAGAGAUGUACUUUCUCAAUACAACAGAGGGGGCAGCUUCCCUGACAUGCCGGCCCUGCAUUUCAGGGAGGCUUAUGAACCAGCUAUCAUGUACCAACACCUGUCAUUAUGGGAUGCCUUGAGCUUUACUGAGGGGCCAUUUAAGUCAGCCAAGCCAAUAAGCAUGGAGAAUCUACCUGUGAACAACAGGAAUGGCCAGUCCUAUGGAUACACACUGUAUGAAACUACCAUCACCAGUGGAGGAUUAUUGAAGUCUGGAGACAAUGUCCGAGACCGCGCCCUCGUUUUUGUCGAUAGAAGUUACAUUGGCCUUUUCAAGCGCCAAAGCCUGGAACUGGCCGUUUCUGAUGUUCAGGGACGGCGUACCCUAAGCUUACUGGUGGAAAACUGUGGACGAGUUCACCAGGGGAGGGACCUUGACAAACAGCAUAAAGGUCUAGUGGGGGGCAUUUUAUUAAACAAUAUCCCCUUGCACGAUUUUACAAUGUACAGCCUGGAUAUGAAACCCAGCUUUAUUGAUAGUCUCUAUCAGGCACCUUGGAAAACUUUCCCUGAAACUCCCAGCUUCCCUGGAUUUUUCAUAGGAAGGCUGUUCGUAUAUGGCUAUCCCAGUGACACAUUUGUGAAACUGCCUGGCUGGGAGAAAGGUGUUGUGUUUAUCAAUGGUCUGAAUCUGGGCCGCUACUGGUCAAUAGGCCCCCAGCAGACUCUCUACCUCCCUGGUCCCUUUCUCAACAGCGGAAUCAACCAGGUCCUUGUAUUUGAAGAGCAAGAGGGGGACUAUAAGGUCCACUUCGAGGACACGCCUGAUCUUGGCAUGGCAGCAGAUAUCCAGUGA